GGAGCGACACCAGCGCCAAGCGGUUUGUGGGAGCCAGGCGCACGGCUCCACCUUGUCACGCUCGCGGCAGGGGGCAGUUUUCCCUCGUUCUUUCACGAGCCUGCUCUCCGCGAUUUUGGCUGCCCGCGAAUCUCAUCUGGAACUCUACCUCGACUGCAUCGAGAGAAAGAGAGAGAGAGAAAUAAAGUGAUGAGAUAAAGUGAUGAGAGAGAAUGUGAUUCGAGAAAGUGAUAAGAUCAUCGUUAUUGCAUUCUUCUACUGCACAGAAUUAUAAUUAUUUAAUAUUCUUUGUGUCUUUCGGUAAAGCCACGUCGAAGAAAAAAAAAAUCCUGCAGUCAUGAAAGCUUUAAGUCAAGAUUUAUUAUUUAAUACUUUCAUAUUUAUUUUUAUUUACUUUAUUAUAACAAUCGUUUUGUGUUAUGAACAUUUCCAUGUAUUUAAGAACCUUUUAUAUGUUUUGUUAAGAUAAUUCGUUGAUAAUAUUCUCGUAUGCCAAUAUUAUUCGCAAAAUUUCCUACUCGCGACCAUCUCCGGAACGUAUCACCUCGCGAAUAACGACGGAAUACUGUAUCGCAGCCACUCGCGAUCCGAGUGUUUCUUCCGAGCUAAGCCGCAUGUUGUAUUUGUAUAUGUUGAACUUCUUUCGCACCGUACGUAGCCAACCGUGCUAAUCGGAGGUGUUGAACAUAUCUUCUCUCAAGCUUUAGCCAUGCUCUACUGAAGGCAUUGUUCAACACUUGGGCAGUUGAAGAGGCUCGCUGUUGUGCCCUGCGAGAGUUUCCAAAGGGACACUUUGUGUCAUGGCGUAAGACCGACGAUGCGGUUGAAAUUAAAAUGGGAACAAAAAAAUUACAAAGAGGAAUGUAAAAAGGAACCUGUGAGUAAGGAACCUGUGAGUAAGGAACCUGUGUGUAAGGAACCUGUGUGUAAGGAACGUGUGAGUAAGGAACCUGUGAGUAAGGAACCUGUGUGUAAGGAACCUGUGUGUAAGGAACCUGUGUGUAAGGAACCUGUGUGUAUGGAACCUGUGUGUAAAGAACCUGUGUGUAAGGAGACUGUGUGUAAGGAACCUGUGUGUAAGGAACGUGUGAGUAAGGAACCUGUGUGUAAGGAACCUGUGUGUAAGGAACCUGUGUGUAAGGAACCUGUGAGUAAGGAACCUGUGUGUAAAGAACCUGUGUGUAAGGAACCUGUGUGUAAGGAACCUGUGUGUAAGGAACCUGUGUGUAAGGAACCUGUGUGUAAAGAACCUGUGUGUAAGGAACCUGUGUGUAAGGAACCUGUGUGUAAGGAACCUGUGUGUAAGGAACCUGUGUGUAAGGAACCUGUGUGUAAGGAACCUGUGUGUAAGGAACGUGUGAGUAAGGAACCUGUGUGUAAGGAACCUGUGUGUAAGGAACCUGUGUGCAAGGAACGUGUGUGUAAGGAACCUGUGUGUAAGGAACCUGUGUGUAAGGAACGUGUGUGUAAGGAACCUGUGAGUAAGGAACCUGUGUGUAAGGAACCUGUGUGUAAGGAACCUGUGUGCAAGGAACGUGUGUGUAAGGAACCUGUGUGUAAGGAACCUGUGUGUAAGGAACCUGUGUGUAAGGAACCUGUGAGUAAGGAACGUGUGAGUAAGGAACCUGUGUGUAAGGAACCUGUGUGUAAGGAGCCUGUGUGUAAGGAACCUGUGAGUAAGGAACCUGUGUGUAAGGAACCUGUGUGUAAGGAACCUGUGUGUAAGGAACCUGUGUGUAAGGAACCUGUGUGUAACAAUGUGAGACACCACUGACUGCGGUGGUGACGGUGACUUUGCCCACGUCCCAAAUCUGGAAAUUGCCCAGAAAUAAAAAUGACAACAACAAGAAGAGAGAAAACCGCAGUACAGCAGCUGCCUCCACUCUACUCAGAUUGUUAAGGUCUCUGGUGGGUCAGCGAACUCUCGCUCGGUCAAAUAAAGGGCAUCGAUCGCCUGGGUCAACGGCAAGCGGAGUGGCGAGGCAAGGAGAAUAUUUUAUUUUUUACCGCCAGGUAAGGCCCACUGAGCUCUUUGUCAGAGGCGACCUGGUGAUCACAAUGAAGUGGCUUAUCACGUGGACAUUGUAUCGAUGUCAAAUGACUCUAAACACAUUAUGUUGAUUCUAAAUGUGGAGGGACAAACCGGGAAGACCUGGAGAAAAAUCCACGCGGCCACCGAGAGAGAGAGACACCGCAAACUCCAUAUAUACAGCAGGCGUCAGGGUCGGGAUCGAAACCACGACUUACCGUAUACCAGGCGAGGUAGUUAACAUCGCGCUCCCUUUCUUCCCCGCUCCCUCCGCGGGGUCCGCGGAAGGUCGGCGCCGGCGUUCGGUCGCCCCCAAAGCCGCCGGGGAACGCGAGCGUUUGGUCACCGAGCACCACGGCGCUCGCCGCUCAGGGCUCUGAACUCGAUCGCACGGCGUUGAAUGUCUAUUGCGACGGGAGGCCCUCUCCAUCCUGCGCAGCUCAACGGGUGCUAACUCGACCACACUUCCCCCUCGCCGGUCAGUGCGGGUUGGCCAAGGCUGGGAGGCACGGACGUCGGAACGUUAAGUACGGGAUAACAGUGGCUUUUGCUCCACCGCCCUCUGCUGACAAUGUAACCCCCUUGCGACCUGUUUUAUAUUAAGUCCUCCCGUCAACUCCUGUAGGUUUAAUUACCAUUUUUUUUUGUUUAAAAUGGCUGUUGCCAUCAGCAGAUCUGAGGCGGUCAACGUUUGUCUCUCGUCGUUAUUCCUCCAAUUCAAUUUUUUUUGGGCAAAAUCUCCUCUACUGUUGCUCCGGAUGAGGUUGGCGAAAGAGCGACUGUUUCAAGUGACUCCCCUGGAAAUGUGCGCAUUGUUCCUUCCUGCAAUGUUCAGCACAGCUCUCUCUCUCUCUCAGUGGGGCCUCACGGCCGAAGGGUCUUAUUGAAAGGAAAUCCCAACGUAGGGGCCGACAAAAUCGAGGGAAAGGGAAGAAAGAGUCGCGCACGUGCCUGCAUUUCGUAACGCUUCCUCAGCGUGUUUGUUCGCGGAAGUAUUUAAUUAGAGGUGCUAGUAGUAGUAAUAAUAAUAACGCAUCGGCCGCACGGUGAGCAGUAUGACCGCACACUGCGAUGAGACGGCAGGGCUCAGCGCCUUGGCCGUAGGAGCGGGAUGCCGUGCCCGGUCAUUUUAGCGCUUGUCUUUUUUUUGUUUUGUCCACGCUUCGGGUUAACCCUUUGGAUCAAUUUGGCUGGAUUAGUCUCGAAGUGGCAGCACGACUUCAUACCAACGUUUCGUAUCGGAUGAUCUUUACAAGAGCUAUGAUGACCCCAAUUUACAGAUGGCGAGGCAGACGGACGGACGGACGGACAGAGAGUUAGAGAGAGGCAAUGCAUACAUGCUUUAAAAUCUUUGUUAGAAACCAAAUAAAUGUCGAUCAGGGCGACAUAAUAGCACAGGGGCGGGGAAGGUGUGACCCAGCCGCAGCCAGGUUACGACAUCGCGCGGGCUGUGCCUAUUCAUUAACGGCGCAAACCCACAAUAGGCAAAUAGGAUUAAGUAAGUUCAUUAGGCUUAGGCAGCCCUCUUUUAUUGGAUUCCUCUCGUGGCCAGAUCAUCCAGGGAUUUCAUCAAGUAUCAAGGCCGUAAUUGCCGUGGCUUUCGUGGUAAAUUGUCUCUCGCGGGUGCGAGAGAUUGCGUGGAAAUUUGAUAGAGGGAUCAGCGAAGGGCUUGCGUGGGAUGUUGAUGUGUGUGACCGAGCCGGGGAUAUUAGAGCAAA